UGCUGCUGUGCCCGGCUCCUCCCCGCCUCCCUGGCUGCUGUACCGCUACAUCUGCUGCAGGCUGAAGUGGGCAUCUAAGGCUCCCUCACUGCUCCCAUCUCCUCCACUGUGCAGGGGUCGCCCCCUCUGUGAUCACCCUCACCCUCGUCUCCAUCCAGCCAGCUUCUGCAUCUCUCUCCCGCAGCGUUAUCAGUGUAUCCCCCCCCCUCCUUCCCCUACCCCCUUCCCUCCUCUCCCUGCUGUCAUUCUGCCACCUCCAUCUCCUGGCAUAGCACCUGGUGCCUGCUGCUGUGCAUCACCCCUCUAUACACUCUGCAUCUAUUGCAUCCUCCUUUUCAUCAUUUCCCCUCACUUAUAGAUCUCUCCCCAUCCCCUCUGUUACUCCCCCUCCUCCAUUUCCUCUUCUUCAUCUACAUCCCCACAUACACUGUGCAUAUUGCCCCCUCUCCCCACAUUUACACUCAUAAAUCUAACCCCCCUCCUCUAUUAUCCCCUGAUUUCCUCCUCUUCUUUAUCUACUCCCUUCCGCUGUAACCCCCCCCCCGCCUUCUCUGUUUCAUAAAUCUCCCCCCUCCAUCUGUUUUUCGCCAGGCCCCCCUGGGCUGCCUGCAGCUGCUGGACUUGGAAUACCCUCCAGCUCCUUUUGGGUGUCAUCCCCACUUUACCAACUUUGCUGAAGCACAACAGGAAGACUGGAGCCUGACUGAAACCUUCUGUAUACAGGUAUUCUGCAGAGCACCGUGUGAUGUCAUCAAAUGUCGUCAAAGCUGCUUCUCCAUUGGCUAGCGCUGUGACAGCUGAAAGGGGUAACAGUUUUGCAGAGGACUACAACAUUGUUACAACAAUGUAAAAAGGUGCAAUGGAGCUGUCUGUGGCACAGUGGCUUCUCGUGGUCUGUCUGGUGGCUUUCCCUCUCCUCUACGAAUGGAGCAUCUCCUUCAAGUACUUCUGCAAGAUGACGUUUUAUAAUGGCUGGAUCCUGACCUUGGCCAUUCUGGCCAUUCCUAUUUGUGCCGUGAGGGGGCGCAAUGUGGAGAACAUGAAGGUGCUCCGAUUCAUGCUCCUACAUAUUAAAUAUCUCUACGGAAUCAAGAUCGAGGUCCGGGGCUGGGAAAACUUUAACAUUAAGGAGCCAUAUGUCAUUGUGUCAAAUCACCAGAGUUCUCUGGACCUUCUGGGGAUGAUGGAGAUCCUACCUGGUCGCUGUGUGCCGAUCGCCAAGCGCGAGCUCAUGUACGCCGGCACCGUUGGGCUGGCAUGCUGGCUGGCUGGCGUCAUUUUUAUCAAUCGGAAAAAAACAGACGAUGCCAUCAGUGUAAUGACGGAGGCUGCGGAAACCAUGCUGAAGGAGGAUGUGCGGGUGUGGGUAUUUCCAGAGGGCACUCGGAACCACAACGGUUCCCUUCUGCCGUUCAAGCGAGGAGCCUUUCACCUGGCCGUGCAAGCUCAGGUGCCGGUUAUUCCUGUCAUCAUGUCUUCCUAUAAGGACUUCUACAGCAAGAAUGACAAAAAGUUCACUACAGGAAAGUGCACCGUGCAGAUCCUUCCAGGGGUUCCUACUAGGGGUUUAUGCUCGGACGACGUCCCUGACCUUGCUGAUGAAGUCCGGGCGUUGAUGCUUGAGGCUUUCACUCACAUCUCAACUGAACGUCCUGGGAAAGAGCCCGGGGGUGUACAUUGAUCACCCUUCCACCAUCCUUUACUAUCAUCCUUGGCCAGGGAACCCCCAACCAUGCAGGAGAAAUCGAGAGGAAGGAUACCACUGAGAGAGAGGAGAGAACAAGAUGGCUAUAACAGUAUCCCUUAACACAAGGACUGAUGCCUGUGGAACAGAUUCAUUCCAUAAAAUAAGUGAGAGAUUUGCUACCACCAGGAGAAGAGAACAAGGAGAGAGGCUCUACUGACAGUAAUUGGAGUUUACCUGAGGCCAAAGCAACAAUAGACAUUGGAGAUAGUGAGAAAUGACAGUCCAUCCCCACCAAAAAUGGUGCCGAAUUUCAGUCACAUAUAGAAUUUAUAGAGAAUCUUCCUAAGAUGCAGUGGGUGAAUGAUGUCGUAGGAUACGGAAAGGGUGGAUGAAAGGUCAACCCUGUGAGAAGAGACAGAAGGACAAGGAUUGACAGAGGAUUUUCAAUAAAGGGUUGAGGUUAGGGCAGAUGUUUGGUCGUCCCAGCUGAGAUGCAGGAUAAAGUCGUACAGACACAGAAGAGUCCUCUGGAACGGAGCAGGAUGUAGACCAUAUGGGUAAUUGUCUCGCUCCAGGAGACAACUGCUUAGGAAUAUUAAGGGGAAAAAUGUCACCAAUCCAAACGUAAAAAUGCAAGGAAAAAUUAAUUUUAUGUUAACGUAAAGGGAAUUUAACGUUGCCAAUUUUGGAAUAAUGUUAGGGGAACACGGGGAAAGUACUUGGACAACAUUCCAUGACUGGGAGGGGGAUGGGAUUCUUCAAAAUGAAAGACCCAAUUUGGAUAUUUAUGAGGGGGGGUGCCUUAAUUCUAUAUUUAUUAAUGUGAGGCAAGCGCUAGUCUCUCCACCUCUCUCCUUGCCAAGUCUCCACGGUUACCGUCUUCUCUCUCUUCUCUCAACUCCAGUCUCUCUUUCCAUUCAAAACAAUAAUUUGCCGGGAAUGGAGCAGGUCAGUUAUUUAGGGGAUAGGAUGUGAAGAAUGGCCCUAAUUAACUGCUCUCUUCAGCCUUCGAUCUCUGUAAAACGAUACGGACUUGAAAUGGGAGCAGGAACUGAUCUGCCCAAAUUUGGCCUCUGCCCAGGAAGCCUUCCCAUGUCCUCCAGCCUCCAUCACUCCACAACCACCGACCCGCGACUUUCCACCUCUACCCAUAUUCCUGUCUCGUGGCCUAAGAAUAUCCACAUUUUGUUACACUCCAUUGCCCAACCCCUUAUUUGUCUUCAUAUUUACCUCCCCUUUCCACGUGCUCCUCAUUUACAAGUGGGAGGUGUGGGAGAUAUACAUGUGCCAAUGUAUUCGUAGCUAUGGAUUAGGGGGAAGAGGAUGUCAUGUGGGUAUGACGUGGGGCGGGAUGAUGCAUGGACGGGAGGGGGCAUAUUAAUCUCCUGUCCUGUAUAUGUGAAUUAGCAUUGCACAAACUUUUCUGGGUCACCUGUGUGUAUGCUUUGUUAUUUCACAUCACAGCUCGGCCUACUGAGGUGGUUUCAGAGUGACGGGAAGAUGCUCAGUGGUAGAAGUGUGGUUGGGAUUUUGCUUGGGGUCUCCAGUCUCCAUGUUGCCUGUGAUAUUUAAACACUGUACAUACUGUAUAAUUUUCUGUAGCAUUUUAUCACAUCUAGGAUGAAUGUUUUAAAGUAACUGGCUAGUUUGUAGUAAUCUACAACAUGGUGCCAAACCGUGUAUGUGGCAAACACAAAGGCAAUAAAUGAAAGGUUUGCUAAACUUAAAAUUAGUUUUAAACCCAGA